AUGGCAGAUCGGGAUUUGAUAAAAAGUCUACAGGAGAAACCUUCUGAUGUGGAGCUCCGUGUCCGAAAUCAUGUCGUUAAUCUCUUCCGUGAUGGAGCAUUGCCAUCACCUAUAGCGUCAGCAUUGUGUUCCGACAAUAGUUGCUAUGCAUGUUACAUUGCUCUCGAACUGUUAAUGGAAAAUAAACACCUCACAAACGAGGAUGAAAAGGAUGCGAUUGCAGUUGCAGCUUAUUUGGGAGACGACAAUGAAAAUGGAUUAAUGGAAGGAUGUGAUACGACUAUUCUCAGAGGACGAAAAGUUCCACGUGCAAGUAAAUGGAAAUGUAAACUUAGUGCUGCUUGGAAAGCUUCGGUACCUCCACAACUUAGAAAAUCUGUUGCUCUUGGUAUUUCACCAGGUGCGAAAGAUAAGCCGCAUCCAGAUUAUGUUAGUAAAACCGUCCACAACGCUGAAUGCUACUCUUGUAGAUCCAGAUAUGACAGUCUUUACCAGGAAUUCAGCCUGUAUAGGUAUCCACAAGAGCCGAAUGAACUUGGUGCUCCUGUACUACUUUCUAAUUGCUCCUCACUUGCUGAUGGAGUUCUUGUUGCUAGGAUUUUCCAUAUCUACGUCAAUGGUCGCAAUGUUUCAGAUUGCGCAUUAUACCAGCCACAUCAAUUCUCAAAAGUUUUCAGAAGACCGGUUUUGACGGAUAUAAUUUUGCUCGAGAUGGUUGAUGCUCCAUCAACUACUUUAUCCGAUUUUUACAAACUUCAACUCAAUGGUUUCGUACACGAAAUUGAAGCGAACGGAACGUGGUGCUGGGCACGUGGUACUAUUUUUUCUGAUGUUGAAAUAAUGUCGACUUGCAUGAUUGAAGCUGCUGUGUCGGUUAGAGCUGUAGCUUGCAACUGUGCAAAGCAACAACGGAAAGUUGUGAGUUGUGUGGAAACUAUCAACAAAUGGCUGAAUAUUAUGGGUCUUGAUAAGAAAGGUUUCAGAAGCAGAUUUUUGCGAGAUCUUCUAGAUGUUGUUUGGAUAAUGUUGUUAUUUUUAUGGAAUUACUGGUAUAUAACUUCUAUGCGUGGGAGAGGAGCGAUAGUAUACAAUGCAACUUUUAGUGCAAUAUCAAUCCUUUUCUUAACUUGCUUGUGCUCGUUCCGAUUUUCAAAGAGAAAAAAAGGAAAGUUCAUAGUCCCUUUCUUUUCCAAUAUUUUGGUUGCAACUGGUAGUUGA